CAAAUACUGAAUAUUAUCAAACCAGCAGAAUCCCCUGGCCAACAAAAAGAACAACAUGUUGAAAACCAUAUGCAUCCUCCACAAGAACACAUGGAACCCAACAACACUGCAGCUAUAACAACACAAAGUGAAGCUUCACAGAUGAAAGAAGACCCCAAGGACGAGCCCAUAUUAACAAAAGAAGAAGUCCCUAACCACUUAGAAAUGGAGAUAAUAUCAGAGUCUGAGAAAGAGGAGGAAAAAACAUCAACCUAUACACCACUAGGGAGCU